AUGUCCGAUUCCGUCAGGUUGCCUGUUCGAGACUCCCGGCCUCAACCCCAGGCCAUCAAACACCACCACUCCGCCCGCUACUACGCGCAUCGAGUUCACGAAAGCUUCACCGCUAAAGCCACCAAAGUGUUAUGUGCCAUAUUCUUGUUCAUUUUUCUAUUCGUUGGCGUUUUCUUCUUCAUCUUAUGGCUUAGUUUACACCCUCAUCGUCCAAGGUUCCAUACGAUAGAUUUCACCGUCCCCACGUUGGCUCAACAAUCAGUGCUGGACAAUUCUCUAAUAACGUUCAAUGUCACAGCCAGGAACUCGAACCAACACAUGGGUAUCUAUUACGACUCCAUGGUGGUGUCGGCCUUUUAUAAAGAUCAGCGAAUCGGGUCGAGCGCAUUGUACCCCCCGUUUUCCCUAAACCCCAAGACAACUACGAUCGUGCAAGGUACAAUUGGUGCAGCAACGCUUACUGUAAACACCGAUGAGUGGAAGGAGUUUAUGAAUGAUAGGCAACAUGGGACUGUGGUUUUUCGUUUAGAAAUAACAUCGGGAAUAAGAUUUAGGGUUUCGGCAUGGAAGAGUAAGCACCAUAAAAUGCACGCAGAUUGUGAUGUUUCAGUGGGUUCCGAUGGGUCGAUGUUACCAGCUUCGAAGAACAAGAAAUGUCCUGUCUAUUUCACUUGA